UGAGCUAAUUUUUUAAAAAUUGGGUUAAUCGCCAGCUCUACUACUAAUUAUCAUUUCCAAAUAUGGAGUGACUUACCGUGAAGACUACUUCACGUCUUCACCGCUCUCUUCUCUCCGUUUCCCCCCUCUUCCAAAACCCACCACGACGACCCUCUUCCAAAAAUGGACACCGGCAGCAUCCUCGAAACAAUCGGACUCGAAAUCAUAGGAGUAAUGUCACCUGUCUCAAUCUGUAUGUUCCUCGUUGUCCUCAUAGUCUACUCUCUCACCUCUCCCACCGCCACGUCAUCAUUCUCCGACAUUCGUACAGCUGCUAACCUCGUAUACCUCGAACAACCCACCGACACAACUUCCCAAAAACUCGAAGGUGCUCUCUUAAACGCUGUCGUUUUUGUACUCCUUAUAACCCUAGUUACUUUCCUUUUAGUAAUUCUUUACUAUUACCGUUUUACCAAUUUCUUAAAAUAUUACAUCCGUUUUUCAGCUUUUUUCGUUCUCGGGUCAAUGGGCGGGUCAAUUUUCUUAACCCUAAUUCAACAUUUCAAUAUCCCAAUUGAUUGUUUCACAUUUUCGGUACUGCUUUUUAAUUUUACGAUUCUAGGGGUUAUUUCGGUAUUUUCACAAGGAGUUCCGAUUUUGUUGAAUCAAAUGUAUAUGGUUGCUUUAGGGAUUAUUGUAGCUGCUUGGUUUACGAAAUUACCUGAAUGGACAACUUGGGUUGUGUUAGUUGCACUUGCUUUGUAUGAUUUAGUUGCGGUUUUAGCACCUGGUGGACCGUUGAAAAUGUUGGUUGAGUUGGCUUCUAGUAGGGAUGAAGAGUUGCCCGCAUUGGUUUACGAGGCCCGGCCCAAUGUGGGGUCGAGAAAUGGGAAUAGAGGUCCAAAUUUAGGGCUUUUAUUAGCCGGGUUUACGAAUGGUGAUCCUAUUGAGCUUCGGGUCAUGUCGAGUAGUGAAAAUGUGGUUAUGAAUGAAGUGAGGAGUGAAAAUGUUGUUAUGAAUGAAAUGAGGAGUGAAAAUGUGGUUAUGAAUGAAAUGAGAAGUGAAAGUGAAGAGAUUGAUGGUGUUAGAGAGGGUGAAACGUUACCAUUGAUUGGUGGUAGUAAUGAAAGAGAUAGGUCGAGGACCACUGGAGAGAUAAGGGAAAUUAACGAGAGUGAUCGGAGUCGGGGUCGGGUUUUGGAGAGGGAAAUUGAGGAAGAGGAGGAGGAAAGAGGGAGGGGGGUAAAGCUUGGUUUAGGUGACUUUGUUUUCUAUAGUGUGUUGGUGGGGAGAGCUGCAAUGUAUGAUUUGAUGACUGUUUAUGCUUGUUAUCUUGCUAUUAUAUCCGGAUUAGGCUGCACGCUUAUACUUUUAGCUGUGUGUCGACAUGCCUUGCCAGCGCUUCCUAUAUCCAUUGCGUUGGGGGUUAUCUUUUACUUCUUGACAAGGCUGCUGAUGGAACCGUUUGUCGUUGGGACUUCGACGAAUCUUUUGAUGUUUUAACCCCUGAUUUUGUGGAGGAGGAAAUUAGAAAGUACAGGAUAUAUAUGAAGUCCUAAGGGAUACAUUUUGAUUUAGCAGAAAGCUAAUUGCUUUGUUUCAAGGUUCUGAACAGGAAGGGACAACUCAGCUAUAUUUUGUUAUGAUCUAUCUGUAUAUUGCAAGGAUAUUGAGGUUUGUCCCUCUAUUGAUUCUCUAACUGAUUUUGUUUCACCUAAUAUUGUUCCUGCUGGAACUAAUAGUCAUAGAAACAGAGAAAAUGACAGCUCUGGACAUAAAACUAAUUUAGUAGGUUUGUGAAGCGAAAUUUUUGCUUGUUUGCUUUUA